UACGCACGCCGUCCCAUCCUGUCCCGUAUCGAAACCUUCAAAAACAUAUCUUUAAACUUUUACCCAUGACCAAUCGUGGACUUGGUUUUAUGAGACAAGAUUUUUCUCACAAACCAACCCAAGUGGGAGAUAGUUGCCUUUGCCCAUAAACACAUAUUUAGGUGUGGUGGUCCUCGUUCUGCGUCAUCACCGUCAAACAAGUCCAAUACAUCCACUCAUUGCUCAAAGUCAGAUAUCUCUGCGCGCACAUACACACGGCAAGAGAGGAGGAAGCAAAAUGGGAGUAGUGGAAGAAGCUCAGAACGUGAAAAUUUUGGGAUCAGGCACGAGGUUUAUAGUUCUGGGUCAUGGGUUUGGCACGGAUCAAUCAGUAUGGAAACACCUUGUCCCUCAUCUUCUCGAUGAUUUUCGCGUCGUUCUCUAUGAUAACAUGGGUGCGGGUACCACUAAUCCCGAUUACUUCGAUUUUGAACGCUACGCGACCCUCGAAGGCUACGCGUACGAUCUUCUCGCCAUUUUGGAAGAGCUCCAUAUUGAUUCCUGCAUCUUCGUUGGUCACUCUGUUUCCGCAAUGAUAGGUGCUAUUGCUUCCAUCACUCGCCCUGAUCUAUUCUCUAAGAUUAUCAUGAUCUCCGCUUCCCCUAGGUACUUGAACGACGUGGAUUACUACGGAGGCUUUGAGCAGGAAGAGCUGAACCAGUUAUUCGAUGCUAUUGAGUCGAAUUACAAAGCGUGGUGCUCAGGGUUCGCUCCUCUGGCGGUGGGUGGGGACAUGGAGUCAGUGGCGGUUCAGGAAUUUAGCAGAACAUUGUUCAAUAUGAGACCGGACAUAGCGCUAAGCGUGGCGCGGACGAUUUUCCAAAGCGAUAUGCGGCAAAUCCUUGGGCUAAUCACAGUUCCGUGCCAUAUUCUUCAGAGUCUGAAGGACCUGGCGGUUCCGGUGGUGGUUUCCGAGUACCUCCACCAACACAUCGCCGCCGAGUCCAUCGUGGAGGUCAUGUCGACGGACGGUCAUUUGCCGCAGCUGAGUUCGCCGGGCGUCGUUGUUCCGUUGCUGCUCAAACACAUCAGGCAAGAUAUUGUGGCGUGACGUAACGGCGUGCAAGAACAAGCUAUAUGGUGGGAAUUUAAAGAAUUUGUGUAAUGGAACGAUCACUGAAUCUUUGUGUGCGUGUUUUGGAUUUUAAAAAGAAAAAUUGCGUGUCUCCAUCUCGCAAAAGACGGUUUGCACAGGUAUAGUUGGCAUCUGGUAGGAAGCGUGACUCAAGGUCAAUCUUUUUAUUGUUUUUGUUUUUUUUCCUUUUUGGUAUUUUUGUUUGGCUGGCGUGGCGCUGUAGUUUCUUUUGGUAACGAGGUUGUUUUUUUAGGCAUUA